CCAUGUUGUUUUAUCUUUUGGCUGGAUUUCUGCUCCUGCAGGAGGCUCAUCAAAGACAUGGAGGCCAAACACCUGAGUGAGAAAGCGGAGCUAGAGCGCCUCCAGCAGGAGGUCGAGAGUCAGCGGAAGGAGUCGGAGGAAGUCCAGCAGCGGAUUCUCCGUCAGGAGGAAAGCCUUCGUCACCGUAGUCAGGACAUUGAGAGCCGCCUGCAGGACUUCUUGGCUGAGAAGGAGCGCUUUGAAGAGGAGAGACGAUCUGAGAUCCAGGGGGCGGAGCUUCAGUGCAGGAGGCAUUGGAAGGAGCACCGGGAGAAAGAGGAGGAGCAACAAAACAAAGUGAAGCGGUGGCAGCAGCAGGCUGCAGAGCAGCCGGAGAUCUAUCGUGAGCUGGAACGACUGAAGAGGGAACGUGAGGAACAGAAGGUUCGUAUGGAGACGGAGCGGCGGAGGCUGGAGGAGCAGGAGAGGGAGCAGCUGAGCCUGGUGGGGAGACUGGAGGAGCAACUGAGGGAGAAACAUGAGGCAGCCAGCGCCUUGCUGGCACGGGAGGAUGCCCGGCGUUUGGAGGAUGAGCGUCAAGCUCUGGCUGAGAUCAGGGAGGUCCUCCUUCGAGCCAAGGAGGCAGCGGAGCGGUCAGAUGUGGAGGAUGCCGGCAAGGAGGGCAAGUGCGCCCACAAUCGCUACAUGGAUUUUAAGGAGGCUCAAGUGAAGGAGCUGUGCCAGCUUGUGGAGGGGCUUAGACAGCAGAGGGAGCGCCUCGAGAAGGAGGUUGCUUCUGAGCGGAGCAGUCUCCUGCUCCUCGCCCACAGCCUGAAGGAGAGACCGCAGCAACAGAAGGAGGUGCAGGAGAAGGGUGUGCAGAAUUCCACCACCACCUGCCAGGAGGAGCUGCAGCUUAAACAGAUGGAGCACCGACUGCAGUUUAAGGAGCAACAGCUCGCCAACCUGGCCGAAGACCUCCUCCCUACUCUGGCCGAGGAGAAGCAGAAAGCCAUGGAGGUGCUGGAGCGGAGCAGGAGCAACGGGACCUGUGACGGUCCAUCAGGACUGGACACCAUCCUGUUCCAGGUGGAGAAGGAGCUGGAAGAGAAAGAGGAGAAGCUGCACCUCCACUGGCACAGCGCCCAGCAGCUGCAGCAGCUCCAGGAAACGUACGAGUUCACCACCAACGUGGCUCGGCAGGAGGACAAGGUGAGGAGGAAGGAGAAGGAGAUCUUGGAAUCCAUGGAGAAGCAGCAGAGGGAGGCGAUGGAACAGGCAGUGGCCCGGCUGGAGAGGAGGCACUCUGCUCUGAGGCACAGCACCUCCCUGGAACUGGACACUGAGGAGCAGAGACCCAGUAGUUCACUGACAAGAACCACCAGGACAGAAGCUGAUCCGGACCAGCAGAGAGUCGAGCGUGAAAUCCAGAAACUCCGUCAGAGGAUCGUCGAAGGAGACGACAGGAGCGGCCAAACCCAGAGCCUGAACACGCCACUGUCAGACGACAGGAUCAACGCCUACAUCGAAGAGGAAGUGCAGCGGCGGCUUCGUGAGAUGAACCUUCUGAACGGCGGCAGCAACAUGAACCUGUCCGUGUCCCGCGAGUCCGUCAGAGAGGAGGAGAAGCUGCAGAACCUGAACCCGAGGAGGCUUAAAUAUGAGAAAGCCUGCUGGCCUAACUUCUCGGCCUCCCUAGACUUGGAGACGAGCUCUUCCAAUGUCCAAGAGAACCUUUUAGAAGAAGCAGAGCAGGAUCUCCCACAGCUUCCCAAAACUCCGGAGUCCUCGGCUGAAAUCCUGAUUCAAAAGGAUCUGGACAAAAACAGCUGGUGGAACGAUGUGAACAUUUUUUUAGAAGCCAAGGGUCAAACUGUUUGUGGACCAGAAUGUUUCAGGAAAACUGAAGAAGGGAACAGAUUUAAUAAAAACAAAAAUCUCUCUUCUGAAGGAAGGAACUCUUUCUGCGGCAGUUCUGAUGGAAAAAAGGUGGAAUUUCCUCUGAAGGAACCUCGGCUGAAGGAAUGUCCUUUAGCGAAAUCUCCUCUGGAGGAAUGGCAGCCCUCAUGUUCUGGAAAAGUCAAAAAUCCAGAAGGUGAUCCACAAGAAGAACCAGAACCUUUUGAAUCCCUGAGCAGAGAUGAUGUUGGCUCCAAGCAGAGUUCAGAAGAGAACAUAGAUGUUCUGAGGAAGGAAGAAGAUCUCUUUUCGGAGAUUCAGAACCUUGAUUUGGAUAAGUUUGUGAUCCAGAACCAAACGUUUGACCUGGAGUCUGAGGAUGAAACGUCGUCGUCACGGAGCUCUGGAACAGAUUUCAGCGAGGAGCUGAAGAUCAUUAAUGGUUCUGUUGAAGAAGACUGGGAGGCAAAGAAGGUGUCGAUGAGCAGGAGCUACAUCUGGAGGUACUUGGAUAAAACUCCAAAACUCCAACCAUGGACUGAAAAAGGAUCCGAACCCUCAGAGUCACUGAGGGAAUGGGCCCACUCAAAACAGGAUUCUGAGUCCAAUCAAGGAAAAGAAGCUCCGGCCAGCAGGAGCUACAUUUGGAGAUACAUCACACAAGUCCGGAACCAAACACUCUACCCAUGGAGAACAGAACCCAAACUUUCUGGGUCAUUGGAUUCUGGUUCUGACCAACUCUUCCCCAAGCAGGGUACAACGGCUGCCAAUGAAGAACCUGGACCAGAAACUGAGAGUGGUCCAGUCAGCAGGAGCUUGAUUUGGGACUAUGUCAGAAAGGUCAAGGACCAAACGCUCUACCCAUGGAGGUCAACAACUUCCAGAGAUCUGAAGUCCCAGAGCUCUGAAGGAGCAUACAUCAACCUAAAGCAGGAUUCAAAGUCUGUCACAGAACCAGUGGGUCCAGAACAAGAUGAAGCCGCAGAAAAGGUCUCACUCAGCAGAAGUUACAUUUGGGACUACGUGGAAAGAGUCAAAAACCAAACGCUCUACCCAUGGAGAAUGCAGGAAUCGGAACUUUCCUGGGGCUGGCCAGUUGACCCAUCACUGGAAUCUUGGAGGUUUGGGAGGGACCCCAUCCAGGCCAGUAAAGACUACCUUCUAAGUUUCUUGUCUGGGAAACUUUCUGAGGCAUUCCGGGAGGCAGAGGUACGACUCCAAGGCACAUGGAACCUCAUUCAAUCCAGAGAACCGAUUCAUCAAACUCCUCUUCAGCUGCUGCCAGAACCUCCGGCUGAAGAUAAAGUCCAAUUGGAUCUGGGGAGUGAUGGUUCUCCUCAGGGUUUUGGUCAUGCUGCCAUUUCCGGAUUUUCUGAAUGGCCAGAAGGUUCUGUAACUUCAGUCAAGACGUCGAGCCCAGAAGAGUUCCACCAAAGGCUGAUCGAGCUGCCAUUGGCUUUGUCUCAGCUUCAGGGUCUCUCAUCUGAGAAGAUCCUGGAAAACAUGGAAUCCCUGGCUGGUCAGAGAGAACUUGGAGAGAUUCUGAGCAUCUUCUGGGUCAAGACAGCCAGCUAUCAGAAACCCAUUCCAGAACCUGUUUGUCUACUUGUGUCAGAAAUGAGCCUGGUGGUGGUUUCAGCUGGUACCGGACCUGAAGACUCCUCAACUCUUUUCCAUCAUUUUGACCUUCUGGAGAUCAAGGAGGUGCAGAUCAGUCUGGCAGGCCAGCAUGUUCGUCUGCUUGGCAGCAGUGAAGAUUCGGUUUUGGCAGUCUUCACUUACAACAAAGAGCUGACCCAGGAGUUCUGCAAGGUUUUGCUGAAGGCGCGUGCUCCUGACCAGUUCUCUGAGGUGUCUGAAAGUCACCCAUUGUUCUCUGGUGACCUCAUGGCCCUCUCCUUAGAUUGGACCUCCAGUACUCCUGACAUCACCUUGGAGAGUGGUCUUUACAUCACUUCUAGAUUCAAACGGGUCCUUGCAGACCUGAUCUACGUCAUCCACGAGAACAUGGAGGGUCCAGAGAAGCCUUCUCUGGCUGAUGUUCAUCCUCUGCUCUACACCAGCGUCAAGCUGAGGAAGUCCAGUGGAGUCCAACUGGAAGAGACCAUCUUCCAGUUCCUUCUGACCGACACUCAUGUGGCUCUUCUUCAGGAAGAUGGAGUCUUUCAUCCGGUUCCACGAGGAUCUAGUCUGGUUCCUGCCCAGCCCCAGUUCCAGGGACUCAAAGUCAGCAGGCGUUCAGAUGUCAGGUGUCUGCUUGUGAGGAGGGAGGACAACUGCGUCUCCAUCGACAUCCUGUUCAUGAACCUGCACAAACGGAGCGGCGAGGCUGACGGGACCUCCUCCAGUGCUCCGGACUCCUGGAAACUGGUUUUCAGCUGUUCCUCAGAGGCCCAGGUCCUGAUUAAUCACCUGUGUCUCUGAGUCCGUCUCACCUGAGCUGUUCCUGGAUGUAAAAUGUUCAGGUUUUUUUGUUUGUUUGUUUUUAAAAACAUUUUUACCUUUUUUCUUAACUUUUCACUGAGAUGAACUAAUAAACAUGUAGAUUUUA